AUGAGCUCAAUAAGCUACUGGACCCCUAUUAAAGAAGAGGUCUGCUGGUCGGAAAAAGAAGCUCUGGGGCUGAACAUUAUCAUGAAAGAGGAAGAGGAGGAUGAUAUCACCGUGAAAGGCGAGGAUCCGGAGAUGACUGUCACAGGGAAAGGGGAGGAAGAAGCUGUGUUAGUGAAGGAGGGAGAGGAGGGGGAGAUGACUGUCACAUGGAAAGGGGAGGAAGAAGCUGUGUUAGUGAAGGAGGAGGGGGAGAUGACUGUCACAUGGAAAGGGGAGGAAGAAGCUGUGAGAGGAGGAGAAGAGAAGAAAGGAUCAGAUUUGACUCAUCAAAGAGAGAGGCCAGACUCUCGCUCUGACACUAGGAAGAGUCCUACAGGGGAAUCGGCCCCAGUGACAUCCAAACCAGCAAGACCCCACCACUGUUCCCAGUGUGGAAAGCGAUUUAUCCGGUUAGGGCACCUGAAACAACAUAAGAGAACACAUACAGGGGAGAAGCCAUUCCAAUGCUCCCAGUGUGGAAAGGGUUUUGGACAGUCAAGUGAUCUAAAAGUGCAUGAAAGAAUACACACUGGAGAGAAGCCGUAUCAAUGCUCACAGUGUGAAAAUACAUUUUUCUCAUCAGGGGACCUGAAAUCACAUGAGAAAACACACUUAGUAGAGAGGCCUUUCCAGUGCUCCCAGUGUGGAAAGGGAUUUAUCCAGUCAGCGCAUCUGAAAGAGCAUGAAAGAAUACACACAGGAGAGAAGCCAUUCCAAUGCUCCCAGUGUGGAAAGAGUUUUACCCAGAGAGGGAAGCUGACAAAUCAUGAAAGAAGACAUACAGGUGAGAAGCCUCAUCACUGCUCUCAGUGUGGAAAGGGUUUUGGACAGUCAGGGCAUUUAAAAGUGCAUGAAAGAACACACACUGGAGAGAAGCCAUAUCAAUGCUCCCAGUGUGAAAAGAAGUUUUUGUCAGCAGGGUACCUGAAAUCACAUGAGAAAACACACUUAGUAGAGAGGCCUUUCCAAUGCUCCCAGUGUGGAAAGGGAUUUAUCCAGUCAUCGCAUCUGAAAGACCAUGAAAGAAUACACACAGGAGAGAAGCCAUUCCAAUGCUCCCAGUGUGGCAAGAGUUUUACCCAGAGAGGGAAGCUGAAAGAUCAUGAAAGAACACAUACAGGGGAGAAGCCUCAUCACUGCUCUCAGUGUGGAAAGGAUUUUGGACAGUCAGGGCAUUUAAAAGUGCAUGAAAGAACACACACUGGAGAGAAGCCAUAUCAAUGCUCCCAGUGUGAAAAGAAAUUUUUCUCAUCAGGGGACCUGAAAUCACAUGAGAGAACACACUUAGUAGAGAGGCCUUUCCAAUGCUCUCAGUGUGGAAAGGGAUAUAUUCACUCAUGGCAUCUGAAAGAGCAUAUGAGAAUACACACGAGAACAACCAUUCCAGUGCUCUCAGUGUGGAAAGGGGUUUAACUGGGUAGUGAGCCUGAAAACACAUAAAAUGACACACACAGGAGAGAAGCCUUUCCACUGCUCCCAGUGUGGAAAAAGUUUGGCCCAUUUAGGGAAUCUAAAAACACACGAGAGGGCACACUCAGGAGAGAAGCCUCACCUCUGUUCCCAGUGUGGAAAGGGUUUUGUUCAGUUAGUGCACCUAAAAACACACGAGAGGACACACACAUGAGUGUAGCCUCACCUUUGCUCCCAGUGUAGAAAGGGUUUUCUUCAGUUAAGGGGCCUGAAAGAAAAUGAGAGACAGAUGAAGGUAGAAGACGCCAUUGGAGCAGGGCUUCAUUCAUUUCAAAACCAGUGUUUACAUCACCUAGAUAUGAAAAAACAACCAGUUGAAUAAUGGAAUGUAUUUACAAAUUCUUCAACUACAUAUCAUAUUAAGAUUUUGAAAGACGGUACUAUAAUAAAUAUUACAAUUAUUUGGAUGUAUUUAAAAUAGUUGUGAAUGUACUUAGUAGUAGUUUAAAAAAAAGUAACAAACAACUUCACACGUACAGGUCUUAUUUCACUGUUUAAUCACAAUAUACAGCCCAACUCUACAUUGGUGUCCCAUCUGGUGUGGCUUCUUCUACUCAUCUGCUUCUUUCAGAUUUUUGACAAGCUUUCCAUUGUACCUGGUAGAGCAAUUGGUGAGAUGUUUAAUCAGUCCUCUCAUUUAUUUUUUAAACCUUUAUUUAACUAGGCAAGUCAGUUAAAGAACAAAUUCACUGUACCUGAUUUGUACCUUGUCAGUUCGGGGGUUUGAACUUGCAACCUUCCCGGUUACUAGUCCAAUUCUCUAACCACUAGGCUACCCUGCCACCCCACCCUUCUGAUGUAUGGAAUGAUGUAGCUGUGCUGUGAUGAUUUCGAAUCCUUGCUGCACGCAAUCUGUGGCAAGCAUGUAGGAGCAGUAUAGACCUUGUCUGUUCAUUAUAUACAUCUACAUGAUGUAUUGUUACACCAUGUAGGAGCAGUAUAGACCUAGUCUGUUCAUUAUAU